CGGUUCGCCUAGUGUGUUUUUGACAUCGGUAAAUGCAGUCGUGAACUUCGGAGCGUAUAGAGAUACUUUUAUUUAUAGUUUUUAAUUGAAUAUAUUCGUGUUACGUUCGUGAACACCAGUGUGAUAACGGGAUUUUAUAAAUAUGAGUAUUGCUGACCUGAUCCAAGCCGCUGAAUACAUCGAAAGGCGAGAUAGAGUUUUUUUUAUUGCAGAAUCUGAACACGGUUACGCUUCGUUACCGGCGUACGAGGAGUCCCGGACCGGGGGAAGGAGGCCCAAGACGAAGAAAUCUCAGGGCAGCAGGACCACGCAUAACGAAUUGGAAAAAAACAGAAGGGCACACCUCAGAAGUUGCUUGGAGAAAUUAAAGGAUAUGGUACCUCUAGGCCCCGAAGCUUCACGACAUACAACAUUAGGAUUAUUAACAAAAGCCAAAAGAUUUAUAAAGAACUUAGAAGAACGGGAGAAGCGACAUUCGAGUCAUAAGGAGCAAUUGGCGAGGGAGCAGCGUUAUCUCCGACGGAGGCUGGCUCAGCUUCGGACGAGCAGAGAUGUUAGAAUUGAUAACAGCAUGCAUGCUACCAGAGCUGACUCGCUGUCCUCAUUGGAGUCUUCUUCCGGAGUCUCCACGGAGAGGUCGCCGUCCAGCGUCUCAGAGAGCGAUGAGGUUGACGUAAUAGGUUAUACGUCAAACCAAAGUGACAGCGAGUCGCUGGUGUCGGGGCACAGCGGAGACAGCGGGGUGAGAGUCGGCUCAGGAAGGCGUACGAGGCGCAAACAUCGCGCGCCAAGAUAUACUAGGGUUUAGGCGAGCGUUGCGCGGCGCGCGCCUCCGCGUCACACAACAGACGGAUAGUAGGACAUUUUGUUAAUACUGUAUUGAUGGACGGUCGUGUUCUAAGUGCGGGACGGAAGUUUUAAAGUCCCGAGUGCAAGGAAACUGCGCCCGCGCCGCAACCACUCGCCUCACGAACCGAGUACAAAAUUGCCAAAAAAAAAUUUUAUAUAUUUCCUCUUCUACGCUUUAGACUCGUUCGGUGUUCAUCACAAAGGCGUACCAACGCCCCCCCCCCCCAAUCUCAUUUUAAAUAUUUCUUCUCAUUACUCAAUAUUUAUGCUUCAUUGGAGCCGUUCAAAUACUUUAGGUCCUUAUUGUUAAAUUUCCACGAAACGCCGAAGGCGAAUGUUGUACAGAUAUCAAUAUUAUAUUUUGUAUAUAAUUUUAUUUUUAUUUUAUUUUUUUCUUGUAUAAAUUAAUCAAAUAGAUUUAGAUCUGGGCGCGUCUACUGUCUACCGACCGCUUCGAAAUUAUACUUAUAUUAUUUAAUUCGAGAACCAUUCUAUGGUGACACUUUAAAAAUGUUUAAGUUGUAAAAAAUGUUAACAAGUCGGUAUCGGGAGCGGCGUCAAUGCCGGCCGGACCCUCUGUUAGAAUAACGCUAACUCAAUCGAUGUAUACGCUGAAUAAAAUAUAAAAAAUAUUAACACAUUCGGUCAGAGUCAAAGUCCAAUACAGACUAAAACAAAUCUAUCUAUCGCAUAAAGUAAUUUAUUAAAUUCUGAACACUUUUUGAAAGCUGGCGUAAUAGCGUAAACAUCGGCGGAGUCUCAAACAAAGCGUGCGCUCACUAACAUCGUAUUGUUAAGUAUUAAUGAAAGUCUAUGAUCUCACUCUGGCCCCGCGCGAGCAACCGACCGCCCUCCCACAGGCCAGUUCAGCAGCGGCGGUCGUCUGCCAGAUACAAUAUCCGCUGCGGGUCGACUGCUCGCGCGGCAUGUCAUGUACGCCGACGAUCACAUACCAAAAAUAAUAUAUAUGUAACGAGACGAGAGCCGGACAAUACAUACCUUGUCGCCGACGACGCUGGCGGACAUCUAGAGGAAUACACGAUAUAUUUUUGUUAUGAACUAUUGUAUUAAUAAUAAAUUGUUGAUUCAUUUUACGAUGUAUGUUUGGAUGCACUCGGAGGCCGCUCGGACGACAUCCCAGCCGCGGCCGCACUGAAUGUGUUUCUCAUUAUUUGGAUUCAUUGAUUUUGUAAAUUGUUUUAGGUAUGUUAUUAUAAGUAUAGUUGUAAAUGUAUGAUUAUUGAAAUGACAGUCUGAUCUCUUAAGAUAAUGCGUCACGGCAUCGCGAUGCUCGUGUGAAGUCUGAAGUCGGAACGCUGUCGCGUUUCGAUUCGCGCCAUUGUGACCGUUCGUUUGACACUGACAUUUGUAUUGCCCUGUUUUAUAUUUUUCAGAGAUUUAUUGUACAAUUUUCACUUGUUAUGAUUAUUUAUUACUGAAACUUUUGUAAAUUAUUUUUAUAAGUUAAAUACUCGGUUUUAUUUAUUUAUCGGUUUCGAAGAUUUCUAGUCGGAAAGAUAUAUAUUUUAAAAUUUUGUAUACAACGGUAUCACUUCGGCACGGUUUUCUCGAGUGAUUCGAUGUGCCCCCAUGCUUGUUUGAAUCACUUAUAUACGAAGCUUAUGGCGCUAACUCUGUGACAGAAUACUAAGGCCAGUAUCAAAUACCACGACGGUCGUGCAAUCACUAGCGUUAAAUACUAAACAGCCUUAGCGGCGUCAUAUCCUGCCUCAACAUAUUAAACAUUGGAUUUUAUUUAAUGUAUCACAAAUUAUAUUUUAUUUAUUAUAGGACAGUGCUUUAUCGAUUCUUCGUUGUAACGUACCUACCGGUGUUUUGCUUUCGCAUAUCUGUCGACAAUACUUGACCCCCGACCAUAUCCUUAGCGAGGUCUCGCUCAUGUUUUUUAUUUACGACCGAGUGUACAAGGGUAGAAGCGGCGACGGGACGCUUAAAGAGUACAAAUUCUGUAUAAGCCCCUACUUGAGUGUUAAUUCUAAACAUUAAUUUUAAUCACGAAACAGGGAGAAGGUAUCGUCAGAGUACGAAGCUAGUAUUUAAGCGCGCGGGCGACAGUCGUCUGGGGUGCAGCUCUGCCUUUGGUGUUGUCUCUUCCUUAACUAAAUUAUCUGUAUCCUAUUGCUACAGUGACUUUUUUUGCGAUAUCUUCCGUCUCUUCUUCUCGUAGAUAUACCGAUCGCGUAGAGCGUGUUGUAAUACAGGUAUAUCACUGUAACGAUAGGGUAUUAGAGACGAUGCGUCGCACUGUACGCGCGCGCAUCUCAUUAGAUAAGAAAGUGUUAUUAGAAACAAAUUGCAAUAAACAAUAAACAGCCGUCCGCCCUCUGCCGCCGCUCCGCGACCAACCCAACUUAGUCGUUGUAAAUUUUAGUCCGGCGUUGUAUAACACUGAUUGUAAAUAUUUGGAGCAAAUUUUUUAUACAAAAUUCAUAGAUAUAUUCUUGGACCAAGUUGACGGAGGAGCGGCGGGAGUCGCCGGGGCCAGCGUGGCUCACGCUCAGUGUUUCCGAACGCAUCGCCGUUUUACGUCAAAUUGACAGACGUCAAAUGUGUACGAUGCUUCAAGAAAUUGACUGGCGUUGGCAGCACGCAUUGUUCGUCGUCUGAUAGUAGAGGCAAACGUUAGGUACUAUUGUGACUACUGCUAAUGUGAAUUGGCAGCAUUAUUCUAUGUAAUUGACGAAAAGCACAUAUAAUUUACUAUAUGUAAAAAAAAAGUUAUAGAAUUAAUUUAAUAAAAUUAUAAAUAAAAA